GCGGUCAACUGAUUAAAGAGAGUGCUGAAAUGUCAGUUCGCGCCUCCUCCAUCGUCACACAUUUACAAGUCAGCUGACCAAAAAUCCAGAGCAUCUGACGGCGGCAGGUACAGAAGAUGAGGGACCCGGAGCCUUGAACUCCACACAGACUCGUUAUUGCUGUCCCUGCGGCGAGGAGGAAGCCGGAGAGGACACAAUAUGCUGAGCUGGAUUAAAGGGAAUAGACAUUUCUAGCUGGCCGGGGGUUCAGUGUGUCGCCUUCAUCAUGCCGGACUCCUCCGAAGCCUCUCUGCCCGUAAUCAGGCGCUUGAGUUACUCAGUGGGGCAUUUUCUCAACGACCUGUGCGCCUCUAUGUGGUUUACAUACCUGCUGGUGUUUUACCAUUCAGUGCUCGGCUUUGAGAACACAUACGCGGGGGUGCUGCUACUGGUGGGGCAGAUAGCGGACGGGGUUUGUACACCGCUCAUCGGCUACGAGUCUGACCGGACGCCCGGCUGCGGCACCUACGGAAAGAGGAAGACAUGGCAUCUAGUCGGGACCAUCAGCGUCCUCCUAUCAUUCCCCUUCAUAUUUAACCAGUGCCUUGGCUGUGAUCUAAACACUCCACAGUGGGUCAGUGUCACCUACUUCGCCCCCUUCAUCAUCAUCUUCCAGUUUGGAUGGGCGGCCACCCAGAUUUCCCAUCUGUCCCUCAUUCCUGAGCUGGUGUCGUGUGAGCAUGAGAAAGUGGAGCUCACUGCAUACAGGUAUGCCUUUACGGUGAUAGCCAACAUCACAGUGUAUGCAGUGGCAUGGCUGUUGUUUCAUUUCCAGGAAGGAGAUGAUCCUGCUGUUAUGGAUAACCUCGGUCCGGUUGACAUCCCGGUUUUCAGAAGUCUGAGUCUCAUUGUAGUGGGAAUCGGAGCUGUGUUCACGCUGCUGUUUCACCUGGGCACACGGGAGAAGGGCCGUCCUCGUCAGGAGGAGGAUGGGUCCAGUCCAGGGGAAAGGCAGCCACUUAUUAACAACACCACUGUGGCUCCUCCAGCAAAUCUGCUGCACUGGAAUAACUGGCUCACACAGCCCUCGUUCUACCAAGUUGCAUUGCUUUAUAUGUCCACCAGACUGAUAGUAAACCUGUCACAAACAUACAUAUCCAUGUAUCUCACCUACACACUACUGCUGCCAAAGAAUUACAUAGCCACUAUUCCUCUGGUCAUGUUCCUGAGUGGCUUUGCUUCCUCUUUUAUUAUGAAGCCUGUCAGCAAGCUUAUAGGCAAAUGUAUGACCUAUUUUCUGGGUCUGCUGCUGAUUCUGGCAUUCUCCUAUUGGGUGCUGCUGGACACACACAUGGGGGAUAAGGUGUAUGGGGCAGCGGUGCUGCUGGGAGUGGGCUCUGCCACCAUCCUGGUCAUGUCUCUUGCCAUGACAGCUGAACUCAUAGGAGAUCAGACACAUAGUGGGGCUUUUGUUUAUGGAGCGAUGAGCUUUACAGACAAAGUAGCCAAUGGUCUGGGAGUGAUGAUCAUUCAGACGCUACACCCUUGCCGCACAAUGGUCUGCUGUCCAGCCUGUGUGUGGUAUUACCACUAUGUCAUGGUCAUCGUCAGCGGUGGAGUGGCCGUUUUAGCAGCGCUGAGCCUCUGCACGAUCCUUAUCUGGCCUAUAAAGAUUGUGCACUUAUCUAAGCGAGGUCAUAUGAACGGUUCAAUAAACGGCAGUGGCUCGAAGGAUCUUCCUGAAGUGGCUGGCCUGAUGGAAAGUGAUCGAGAGGAUUCAGAGAGUUCCGAACAGCCUUCAGUCAACUGAACACACAGUAGAGGCUCUUCAGAUCCCAUGCAGAGACACUUUGGUUGACUUUUCCAUCACAGGGUUUGAAGGUUAGAUCAGGUUUUGAUCCAGAAUAAUCUUUCACACAGGCAAAUGUUUGCGAAUUAAGUCUAUACAGCACUUAUAUCUUCACAAAUAAGGGAAUUUCAAGAUCCAGGUUUCAUCUCGUGUUCAUUGAGAGCCAAAGAUGUGCUGAGAUUAUCUAGGUGAAAUUGUUUUUGUUAUGGCAUUUAUUUGUUUUCACUAAACCCAGCAGUCUUAUAGACACACUUCAUAAAGGGACUAACAUUAUUAUAUUGUUGUUAUUUUUAUUAUUUGACAAUUGUUUUUAUUUAUGAUUAUAUAUUGAGUUCAGAUAUUUAAAUCAUGAAAUUUAAGGGAAUCUAUUUACAGAAAGCACUUAUCAUAACGGAUUGCAAAACUACAGAGGUUUUAAUGUAAUUAUCAACGCAAAGUGCAUGCUUUCAUUUCAGAAGAGGCUUUAAAUGAACACAUCUAAGGGAAUUCUUGGAAGAAAAAUGGGAAGAUUAUGUUUUAAAUCAAGGACAAAAAGCCAUGUGUUGCCAUUUCAAGAUGUAUAUUAAGAGGACGAGAUUCUGUUAUCACUCAAUCUGUUUUUUUCUUCUUCUGUUAAACCCAAAAGAAGAUAUUUUGAAAAAUGUUGGUAUCUGAAAAUUUAUUGGUUACCAUUGACUUACAUAGGAUUUGUCAUACUAUGGAAGUCAAUGGUGUUCAUCAACUGGAAGUGGAAGUCGAUGGUGACCAUUAACUGGAAGUGGAAAUCAAUGGUGACCAAUUAUUCUGGAAGUGAACUACUCUUUAUAUUUUUCCAAAAUGAUGUGCAAUUUUUUCCCCAGGAACCACUAGCUAUUUUUUUUUUCAAAUAUACAUAAUUGUUUUCAUACGAAAGACGUGUCUGACAUGAUUUCUGUUCAUAUCAUUUUCUGAACAGAAUAAAUGUUCUUUAUGAACGGACAUUUCCGUAUCUUGCUUUGAUACAUUGUAAGUAGUUACUGAUUAGCACGAAUGCAGUGUCAGAGUGAGUCGUUGCAUCUGGUCACCUGAUCUUGCGUGAUGCUCAAGGCUUUUAAAGCGCACAUCAUAAAAGCUGUUCCUCAUAUAAAUAAACUUAAAUACAGUCAAUUUAUUGUGGAAUCAGUUAAACAAAUUAUCUGAAUGUUUGUAAAAUCAAAGACUUGUAUUUCAUUUUAUAUUUAAAGUCUUGUUCAAAACAGCUUUUAAAUAAAAGUGUUUUUUUAAUUGUACAA